GCGACUGGCAAGUGGCAACCAACGGCAGUACUAUAGUACCGCCAUAGGUUACGCUCGUAUAUAAUCUAGUCAAUAAUACGAAAUCGCCGUCUUCGAAACUGAAACGAGUUUUUACUUUUCUUUGAGCGUCAGACGUGAUAGUUCCAUAUAAGUUUUUCGUAUCUCGCGUGCUUUCACCGAACACACCUUGGGAUAAUCUUUUGUUUACAGGUGAACAUCACAGUGUCACACUUUGCGGUACCAUCAGUACUAGCUGUUGUUUUUUUUUUCGGUACCUAAAGCUGUGACAUAAUGAACCAGAAUAACAGACACACCAUAGCAAUACCAAAAUACAAUGCAGGUUCCAACAUUCCAUUGCGCAGAACAUUAAGUAGGCAGAGUUCGAAUUCUAGUAUCACCUCUACAAAACCCAGGUUAUCUAGCGAUCCAGCUCAUCGAUGGAAACAAAAAUACGAAGAGAGCGAAGAGAAAAGAAAAGCUUUAUUAACAGAGAAAGAAAAAGCUUUGAGAAGUCUGAAUGAUCUUGAGAAAAAGCAUCUUAAUCUUCAAGUAAAACAUGAACACCUCGAAACUGAACUUUUCGAGAAAAAUGAAGAAUUUACCAAGCUAUCAACAGCAUCAAAAAACCUUUAUAAGGAGUACGAAACGUUAAAGAACCAGUAUGAAACCGAAACGGGCGCUAUGGCAAGAGCUCUCAAAGAUGCCACACAAUGGUAUAAGGAAAACAAGCAACUGAAAAGAAAAACAUUGCUAUUGGCGGAUAAAGAUACAGUUGACGAAGGGGUUGAUGCUGGAGAGGCCGCCCACGAUGCGGAUAUUGAAAAUUUAAAUAAAACGAUCAAGCAGCUUAGUACAGAAGUAGCAGAACUACAGACUGAAUUAGAUUCUGUACGACAAAAUGAAUUCCAAACGCUAGAGCUAAAUGCCAAAUUAUCGGAAGAUUUGGAUUUAGUCAGAAGAGAAAACAUGUCUCUACAGAAAAAUCUCGAUGAACUUCGAACAGAACACAAUCAGUUGUUGCGGGUAUCUCAAAUGAUGACGAAGGAAAUGGAGGAAAUGAGAGAAAUGAAGGAGUGUCAACGAAAUGAAAUAAAGGACUUAAGGAAAGAAGCCGGUGAGCAGAAAAAGGAGAGAAACAUUCUGGCCCACCAAAGCAAUUUGUUGCUUCAAGGACUCAGUGAAGAGAGCGGGACCGAUUCCUUGAUGCUUCUGCAAGAAAUAGAAAAUCUUAAGAGAACGAUAGAAGAUGAAAGAACCAAAUACGAGGAAGAACUAAAUAGCUUACAGGAGCGACUGGAAGAUCAAGAAAACAACUCUCAUAUUGAAAUACUCGAAGAAAGAUUGAAGUUAGUUGAAGCAGAACUCCAAGAAGCCAUUGCACGGGCUGAGGCUGCCGAACAAAAUCUAAGAGCUCCUCCACCCCCACCUCCGCCACCGCCACCACCACCACUGAUACCCAUGGAUAAGCCACCAGUAGUUCCUCUUCGCAGACGAAAAAGCAGGGCCACUGUAGAAGAUAUUGCGAUUACCAUAGGUGUCCAAGAAACUGCCGCAGAAAAGAAACCUCCAGCGCCUGGUGUUAACGAAGAUAUCAUAAACGCUAUAAAAGAAGGUAAAUUCACUUUGAGAAAGCGAAGAAAGGACAAUAAUAAUGAACCUAAAGAGAAAGAUAAAGAAACCCCCAAAGCGGUGUCAGAACUCCUCAACAUCUUGGGAAGCUUGAGACGGGCGCCAAAAAAAAGACAGAGUCAGUUAAUUGCUGAUGCCCAGCAAUAGAAAUAUUUUCAAGUGUUUAUAACGUUAAGUAUUAUUAUUUUUUUUAUUUAAGUACUGUUUUAUAAUAAAUUAUAUUUUGUUUAUAAAUAAAUAUACCUAUUUAUACACAUGCAAGUUUGAUGUUGUUGGUUGUUGUUUGAUUAGGUAUUUAUUGUGUCAGUUUAACAUUGAAG